AUGUCUAAAGACAGUGACCGUGGUAAAAACGAUCUGGCACGGCUGCAGGCGGACUUUGAAGAAGAAAGAAAGAUAAAAGAGACGCUGGAAGAGUCCGUCUCAGAUCUACGCAGGACCGUGUAUGAGCUGCAAGAAAGACUGCAAGGUGUUGAUGGUGAAGGGAAUGAGUGGAGGACCAGGUAUGAGAGCCAGCUGGAGGUAAAUGGACAGCUGGAGAGGCAGAGCUCACUCCUCCGGGAGAAGCUGGAGAUUAUAAGAGGAAACCCCAUGGAUCGACUGGCCUCUAUCCGAUCAUAUGAGGACAUGCCAGAGGAAAUGCUUAAAGAGCAUCUAAAGCUCCUGACAGAGGAGAAGUUAGAGCUCCAGACUCAGCUGAGGAACUGUCAUCUUCAAAUGGAGCAGGAGGGAAAGGCAUUUCAUAAAACCAAUGAUGAGAGGCGGGCGUACCUCUCAGAAAUUGCUAUGCAGAGUUCUACCCACGAGGCCCGUCGGAGACGCAUUUCCUCUCAGCAACAGAGAGCACCGGGGAGCCAGCAGAGCAGUCUGAAAGGAGGAGGAGGUGGUGAUUCAGCCAUGGAGAGAAGAAAGGAGAUGGAAACGUUAAGGGAGAGGAGGUUGCCCUCAAUAAAACACUACCUGAAACACAACCGCUAA